AUGACGACAACAGAGCUACUGGCUCAUCCCAUAGUAAUUAGUCUUGCUGUCGUUCUUGUCGCAAGUGCUGCAAUGGGCUUGUUCUCGUCCAACAAGCAUUUCCCCAUUGAGGGAAGGACGGUACUGAUUACAGGAGGCUCGAGUGCCAUCAGCGCCGACUGCACCUCUCCCGAAGACAACACCCGCAUCCUCGCCGAAACCACUUCAUGGAACAACUCCCAAGCACCCGACAUCGUCUGGGCAAACGCCGGCUCAUCGUCCCCGGGCCUCUUCAUCGACACUUCCCUUGAAACACAUCGCUCCCAGAUGGACACAAACUACUGGGCCUCUUUCUACCUCGCCCACGCAACCCUGAAACUCUGGCUCGCACCACAGCAAAAGAAGGAACAUAACAAGACAAGACACUUCAUCAUCACAUCCAGCAGCGUCGCUUUCGUAGGCGUUGCAGGAUACUCACCAUAUGCUCCCGCCAAAGCCGCUCUCAAGUCUUUAGCCGACUCGCUGCGCAUGGAGUUGAAUCUCUACAACGGCAGCAUGAAGUCUUCUUUGCCUUCUCCUGCUGCCGCUACGCAAAUCCAUUUGGUCUGCCCUGGCACCAUCCUGACUCCUGGCUACGACGCAGAAAACGCUACCAAACAUCCUGUCACCAAGAUUCUGGAAUCUGGAGACCCGAAACAGACAGGAGACGAGGUGGCAGAUGCUGCAUUGAAGGGAUUGCAGAGAGAAAGCCCAGCACACGGAGAGGCCGGCGUGAGAAUAUAUCAACAACGAGUCUUCACCAAAUACAAA